AUGAAUACAUCUAUUCAGCCCGUCAGCGAUGGACGUAACUGUAUUCAAAUUGACCCGAAAGAUGUCGAUAACGCACCAGGCGGUGACGAUCCUGUUGAUACCCCAGAUGACCAAGUCACGAAGCAAGGCGAGGACUGCUUGUUUCUCGACCUUUACGUACCAAAGGCUGCAUUUGAAUCGACUAAGGUGAAGGCUAUGCCGGUGGUUGUUUGGCUCUAUGGCGGUGCAUUCGCCUUCGGCAGUAAGAACCAGCUAGGUCCUCUGUACACUGGUCGAUCUAUUAUCACCGCAAGCAAAUACCGGACAAUCUUUGUCGCUGGCAACUAUCGCCUCGGUGCUUUUGGCUGGCUUUCAGGAGACUAUAUGCAAAAGAACGCUCAGACAAAUGCGGGGCUGUACGAUCAGGCUCUUUUGUUCCAAUGGGUGCAGAAAUAUAUUGGUCAAGUCUCUGGCGAUGAGUCUCAGGUCAGUGCUUGGGGCGAGUCUGCAGGCGCCGGGUCCAUCCUUCACCAUCUUAUUCGCGAAGACGGUGCUGUGGAUCCCACGUUCAAGACUUUUGCCAUUCAGAGCCCGGCAUUUGAAUGGGCGUGGGAUAAUAAACCGAAGGGCAAGUUGGAUCGGGUUUAUCAGAACUUCUCUAGUCUUGCUGGUUGUGGCUUGACCUUUGAUAUUGACUGUUUGAGGAAGUCCACCAACCUGACAGCGGCAAACCAGCAGCUCUUCAACACUGUCAGACAGACGGGUCUUUUCCCUGUUGGACCCGCUGUGGACGGGAAGUGGAUUACCACGAUUCCGACCGUUUCAUUUGCAAGUGGUAAUUAUUGGAAAUCCAUCCAGUCAAUCAUUGUCUCGCAUACCCUCAAUGAGAGCGCUUCCUUCACUCCGUCGUGGGUGACUUCUUCCGAUACGUUUACCGCAUUCCUCAACAUCUUCCUCCCAGGAGCCAAGCUCGCGUCUCAACGCCAACAGAUAACCGCCCAAUACCCAUGUGCCGAAUCCCCCUAUAACGGCGACUAUCGGCUCUGCAUCGCCACUGUGAUCCGAGACGCCAGCUUUGUUUGUAACACCCGCGAUCUGUACUCCGCAUAUCCAAGCAUAGCACACAUGAUGCGAUACGGGUUUCCGAUCGGCCAGUUUGCCCGCCACGCGGCGGAUUUAGUGGCCCUCUUCUCCAACAACCUCCAGGAAGCCACGGACAUCUUGAAGAAGAACAAGGUCCCCUUACCCGCGCUAUAUGCUUCCCUUCUUGUAGAUACGCACGUGGCUCAGGCAUAUCAGACCUACUUCGCGUCUUUUGCUCUGUCAGGCGGCGACCCAAAUACACUCCCGAUGCCGCAUGUACCCAAGGGAGAUCCGCCAACGUGGCCGGUCGCCGACGGUAACAGUGGGAACGAACUGGAGAAUGUGCUCACAGUGUAUGCGCCUAGCGGCCAGCCUGCGUUCCUACUAGAUCAGUCAGACGAUCAGAACACCAAGAAGGCAUGUGAAUUUUGGACCGAGAUUGCUCAACAAGUGGUUGCAGCACAGAAAGCGACAGGUGUAAAUGGAAAUGAAGAGAGUGGAGUAGAGUCUGACGAGUUGUGA